CCGAUGGCCCUGACUUUUAGCUUCAUUAUCAAAACAUUAAUAACUAACUGUCAAAUAAUUUAAACCAGAACUAGCAUGUAUUGUAACUGUACCUUAAGAAUGAUUUUUUUUCUGGUGUUGUUCGAUACGUUAAAACUUGUGCUUACCAAAUCUUAUAACAUUGUCGAAUCCGAAUCAAAUUCGAACGAAACAACUGAAACAAAAGUCAAACUCCAAUCAUUCCGCAAUUUGAUCAUUAAUGGGACACCUAGUCCCAGAAGACUAUUCUAUGCUAGGGUCAAACUAAUCAGGCAACAUGGGUUUUGUGGAGCCUCCAUUUUGGAGGGCAGCUUUAUCUUGACGGCAGCAAGCUGUGUCGCUGCAAAACACCCGGAUGAGAUGAUUGUUGAAGUUGGAGAUUUUUCGAGAAUUCGCCGUCAUUAUUAUCCAUCAAAUAAGAUAACGCUCUACCCAGUGAAUGCAAUCUAUCUAGCCCCAGGGUUCGAAGAAGGAGUUCGACCGAAGAACGACUUGGCAAUUCUUAAACUCAAGUACCACAUACCCGGAACUUGGUUUUAUGCUCUGCCAAUAUGCUCUGAAGAAGUUCCAGAAACAGAUUAUGGGUCAACUUUAGUUGGAUCUUGUGGUAUGGGUUAUGUUAGUACCAGCCGUGAUCAUACUGCUGUUUCGCACAAACUGAAAGAGAUAUACUUCACCAUGACUAUCUUCGACUCCUCCGAAGGUCUCUUCUUCUCCCGGUGCAGAGAGGACAACAUUUGUACCACGCCCAUCCUCGACGGGGGAAACAUUUGUAUCAUGGAUGAAGGUGGUCCCCUCUUCAAAUUCCAUUGCGACACAAUGGAGCCAGAGUGCAUUCUGGGAGUGGCCAGCUACUCCAUGAGCAAACCCAAUACAUCUGUUCCCACACAACACCGGGAAAUAUGCAACGAUGGGAGCUACUUUACAAGAUUAUCCCUAUUUCAAGACUGGAUUGAUAGCGUGCUGCUAAAUCGAUACUGA